AUGCGAUUUCUUUGCUUACAUGGUGGGGGCACCAAUGGCGAAAUCUUUGAAAUCCAAAUUGGAGGUAUCCGCCAGAUACUAGAGAAAAGUGGCCACCGGUUCAAAUUCAUGAACGGAAAGAUGGACGCCAAAGUCGAAGAGGAACUCGAAGGCAUAGUGGACGGCCCCUUCUAUAACCACUACACCCGAGGUUCCUCACCAGGCUCCAGUAUCCACGAGGCCUUCGAUCAUACCAGGAGCUUUAUCGUGAAAGAAGGCCCCUUCGACGUGGUGAUAGGCUUCUCACAAGGCGCGGCACUAGCAGCAUCACUUAUAAUCCACCAAAGCAAGACGCACCCGGAUGAACCGCUAUUCCGCGCAGCGGUGUUUAUCUGCGGCGCGGCGCCGUGGGAUAGUACCGGACUCCAGCAUAUUGCGCCGCAGCCGGAUACAUAUCCGAUUGCUAUUCCGACGGCGAAUAUUGUUGGCAAGGCGGAUGCGCUGUUCCCUGAAAGCGUGCGCUUAUUUGAGCUUUGUGAGCCCGCUAAGGCGACUUUCUAUGAUCAUGGUUCAAAGCAUAUGGUUCCGUUUGAUAUGAAGAAUACGGAGGAGAUGAUUAGGGUUAUUGAGGAGACUGUUGCGAAGGCUAUGAGGGGUUAG